ACUACGGAAAGCAGAGUAGUUUAAACGUCCAACAACGCUUAACAAUUUAUCGUUUUUUUGUGUUUAAAACCUAAUUUGUGUGUAAUGUAGUGUCUGGAACUUUCAAUUAGGGGCAAAUCAGUGAUAAUUGUCUUAAUUCGUGUGUCCAGAACCGCACAUUUUGCGUAAAAAUGGACCCCAAUGUUCCUCCCCCCACGUUUCCGCCCCCUGCAAUGGGUACCCCACCAUUGAUGCCCCCCGUCCAGAUGGGUUUCCAGCCCCUUAUCCCGCCUUUCAGUGUCCCACCGCCCGGUUUUGGGGCUUUCCCUCCGCCCCCUAAUCCAUUAGAACAGUGGACGGAACACAAAGCCCCCGACGGGCGCACUUACUACUACAAUUCCAUAACCAAGCAAAGUUCCUGGCAAAAACCCGACCAGUUGAAAACACCGGCUGAGUUGAUGUUGUCGCAAUGUCCGUGGAAGGAGUACGUUGCGGAUAAUGGUAAAGUGUAUUACCAUAAUGUCAAUACGAAGGAAUCGCGGUGGGUCAUGCCCCCUGAAUUGGAGGAAAUUAAGAAGAAAAUCGCAACUGAGGAGGGGAAGGGUGUGUCGGCAACGGCCACGCCUACUGAUGUUUCAAGCCCCGCCCAACUACCAGUGGCACCAAUUGCCUCAAACUCAAAUUCCCCAAGUAUUGCGUCAAGUCCUGGCGGGAAAAGUGCGUUGGAGUCGUCCAUGGCUGCCACCCUAGCGGCUAUAAGUCUCCCAAAUCCGACAAAGACAGAAGAGGACGCAGCUCCGGCUAUUCCAAGUGAGGCCCCCAAAGAGCCCCCAAAACCGGCCCCCGAACCGGUGAAAGUCUUUAAAGAUAAGAAGGAAGCAAUGGAGGCGUUUAAAGAAUUAUUAAAAAGUAAAAAUGUUCCCUCGAAUGCCACGUGGGAACAGUGCGUUAAAAUCAUAUCAAAUGAUCCACGAUACGAAACUUUUAAAAAGUUAAAUGAGAAGAAACAGGUCUUCAAUGCGUAUAAAACACAAAAACAGAAAGAUGAAAAAGAGGAAAGUCGGCUUAAGGCGAAGAAAUCGAAAGAACAGUUGGAGGAAUUUUUGCUAAAUUGUGACAAAAUCACCUCAGCGACCAAGUAUUACAAGUGUGACGAGCUAUUCGCCCAUUUGGAGGUGUGGACAAGUGUGAGCGACUCCGACCGUCGCGACAUCUACGAAGAUGUGGUUUUCGCCCUCGCUAAACGCGAGAAAGAGGAGGGAAAAGUUCUAAAGAAGCGUAAUAUGAAAAAACUCGCUGAAGUUUUAGACAGUAUGACAAAAAUCAACUAUGAUACGACAUGGAGCGAAGCUCAGGUUCUUCUCCUUGCUAACAAUGCGUUCAAAAACGACGUUAACCUCCUAGCUAUGGACAAAGAGGACGCUCUUAUCGUCUUCGAAGAGCAUAUUCGAGUCCUCGAGAAGGAAUACGUCGAGGAGAAAGAACGCGAGAAAAAGCGCCAGAAGCGACAAUGUCGCAAAAAUCGUGACCAGUUUUUGGCCCUUUUGGACCACUUGCAUGAAGAAGGCAAAUUGACUUCAAUGUCCCUUUGGGUCGAGUUGUAUCCAAUCAUUUCGGCCGAUAUUCGCUUUUCCGCCAUGUUGGGCCAACAUGGAUCUACGCCACUGGAUUUGUUCAAGUUUUACGUUGAGGAUCUUAAGGCGCGGUUUCAUGACGAGAAAAAAAUCAUCAAGGAAAUUUUAAAAGAGAAAAAUUUUGAAGUUAGAGUUGAUACGAGUUUUGAUCAGUUUGCAACUGUCAUCUGCGAGGAUAAGAAAAGUGCAACACUGGACGCCGGAAACGUCAAAUUGACGUAUAAUUCGUUGUUGGAGAAGGCCGAGGCACGCGAGAAGGAGCGCCUCAAAGAGGAGUCGAAACGUCUCAAAAAAUUGGAGAUGGGUUUCAAAAAUCUCCUAAGAGAGAUGAAUAUUGAUUUUGAGUUGAGUUGGGACGAGGUGAAGCCGAAGAUUGAGAACGAGGAAGAAUAUUUGGCGUUUUCGUGCGACAGCGAGAGGAUUAAAAUUUAUAAGGACUUCCAACACGAGAUGGAGGAGUCGUGCAGCCACCACCACUCCAGGUCGAAGAAAUCGAAGAAGAAGAAAAGCAAGAAGUACAAGUCCUCGAGUAGCGAUUCUGAGAGUGAGAAGAAGAAGAAACGGCGGUCGAGGAGCGAGUCGAACUCGGAUGACAGUGAAGAGGAGUACAGGAAGAAGAAGUCGAAGAAGAAGCACAAGAGAAAGAGCCCUUCUAGGACACCAUCAGUGGACAAACACAUUAGUCGUAGACCGUCAGAAGGCGAUGCGAUUGUCGGCAAGAGUGGUGAAUUGAGUGAGUCUGAGUUAGAGAAACAGAGGGCGCUGUUGUUAGCGCAAUUGAAAGAGCCUGAAAGUGAAUAGGUCGUGGGUAAAUAAGGCCAUCGUUGUGUACAACUUAUGUAUUUUUUUCACUUACAUUCUUAAAUUACGUAAAAUAGAGAAUUUAUGUUACAGAAAUGCCUUUUCUUUCUUUCAUGUAAAAUAUAAUAAUAUGUAAAAUUGAUAAAACUCGAAUCAUUAAAUGGCACUUAACUAAACUAAA